GGAAGCCCUAAAAUUCCUAAAUAUUUUUGAGGGAGGAACAGAAGUAUGUCAGAGGAGUUUGGGUCUGGAAAUAGUGCUCUGUGGAUGGAUUGUGCUCUCUCAGCUCUUUGGAUUGUCUUGGGGUUGUAGUGCUAGCAUGAAGGGCUCCUUUAACAUGAAGGAUAAUUGAGAGCCACCAGUGUGGGGAUUGGAGACAGGAAGGGAGCUUGGACUACGCGGUCGAAGAUAGGGGAUUCCUUGUGUGUAGUGGGGAACUGACCUUUAGGCCAUUCCCGGUAGAGAAUGCCAAGGAGGGUGGGGUGGGUAUGGGAAGAAGAAACUGAAGGGAAGCAGGAACCAGGCUUUCCAGGUAGCAUUCUGCAUGCGCACCUCAGGGUGGCAGUGUUGCACAAUUGCACUGAUUCCUUGUAGCUGUUCUGUGCAGGAUCCUUAGGGCCUCACUGCAGCCUGCUUGAGGUAAGAACCUGUCAGAUUUAGCUUGAUGGCUGUUUUUUUUUUUUUUUUCCCUCCCCUCUUAAACCAGAAUUUGAGGGGAAGCGGGCCCAUCCUGUAUACUCUUUCCCUGAGUGAAAAGGCAGAUCCCUCUGUGAGAAAGCUUCUGCAAACCUGUCACAGGCUGACUGAGGUGGCAGAGCCACAUUCUCUCUAUAGCAGUGUGUAAGUUGAAUACGUACCUGAAUUGCUUGGCAAUGUGGUUAGCACGUCGGUUCUAACUCAGUGUGUAUAGGUCCUGGUGGGGUGCUGCCACCUCUGGCGAUGCUCUGAAGUUCUGCAGAGACUCCUUUUCUGCUAAUUCCCCCCGUCAUGUCUGGAAAGGGGAACUCAGUUUUGUACAAAACUGUUCAUGUAGACAGUUUAAGCCAGGAGCUAAGAAAAAGGUCACUCGUGGAAGGCUGGGUCCUGGAUGUGGGUUUUUGUUCUUAUUAGCACAGGCCCAGUGGACAUUACCUGUUGAUCUGCUUGUUUUGUUUUUUUUCAGUCUUGUGAUGCUUAGAGGUUUGAGCAGAAAAUGUUGUUUCAGACUGAGGAGCCUAAGCCAUUGAGCGGCUAGGAACAGAAACAUCGUGGAGAUCCCUGUUGACACCAAUGUGUGCUCACUGUGAGCCAGUUGAUUUUAGGUGAUGAGCUGUGUCCUCUUACCCCUACUUUAUAGAUGGGGUGCUGAGGUACAAACUGGCCUUAAGUCUCAUAACUGGUGAGUGAGGUAGAGCAGGGAUUUGAAUCUGUCCUUUGGCUGCAGAAGUGUGUCCUUAACCAGUAUGCUGUGGCUGGUAGAACUCUGAGCCUCACCCUUCUCCCCGCCUCCCCCACCAAAUAAAAAGGAAAAAGAAAACCCCCAAGAAGUCUUUCAACUUCGGGGAGCUGUUUCUUAGAACUGUCUUUUGCCUCAGGCUUGCACUAGUUUUUGUAGCUGCUCUGUUUGAGCAUCUGCUGUGCAAGGAAGUGUUAUGGCUCCAUAUCAUGAGAAGCAUUAGGUUCCUAUGAAGUGUAAAAAAAAAUCCUCUGUUAAGACAGUAGACAUACACAGUAACUGAUGUUAUUUUUCACAUGCAAGGCACUGUACAGAGGUUGAAAAGAUGUCUUUUUGUGGGGAUCUAAUGGGAGAGUCCUGUGUGAAAGUAGAUGUGACAAUAUGGUUUGCUCUACCACAGGGAACCUAGGUGAAAAUGCCACUGGAGCCCAGAGGAAGGCCCUCUCUGGGCAUGCUAGGACAGGUGGGUUUCAAGGUAUCCAGAGUCGGGAUCAGCGUGCGGUAGGGCAGGGUGUAUAAGUAGUGUUGAGAUCUGGUGGUAUGUGAAGAGGAAGGUAGGAGAGGUUGGAUGGGGUUAUUCAGGGUCGGGUUGGAAGCGGGGCUUAGGUGUGCUAGUGUUAGAAGGGAGUCCUUUUCCAUCAUCAGUUUUCAGUACUCAGGCCCUUUAAGGUGGUUGACGAGAAGCAGGGAGAUCAGGAGGCCUGUUGUGGUAAGACAUGAAGGCAUACGCCAGAUGGGGGCAGUGAAGUUGAAAAGGAAGGUGUUUGGAUGUAAGUUGGAAGACUGACUAAACUUUAUGGAACAUGCUGGUGUUUCUUGUUUUCUGGUUAGGCUGCUGCUGUUGCCAUAUGUCGAGAUACAGGGAUAGUAAAAGGAAGACAACUUCAGUUUGGGAAAUGGCAAGGUCCUUCAGAACAUAAGUGAGCAAACACAUCUCGGGGAUUGAAUGAGGCUUGGUUUAUAAGAUUUAAUAAGUCUUGGUAGAAAAGGGCUGAGGGUAGAAUGGGGAGCAUCACUUAUUUUAUGGGGUAUUUGGCCAAAGAAGAUGAGCCCACGGGAUCCUGAGUAUUUGGGCUGAUUCCCACUUUUGGGGAGGCUCAGCUUUCCUCCUGGAGUCCUAAAUGGCAUUAGGAGCAGUCCCAUGUCACUGUAGCCUUGACAGUGGUCAUUAGCUUAGCUUUUUGGUAGCUUCCUCCUGCAGUGAACAACUUGUUUUCUCCUGUUGCUCUGGUGAUCUGGUCAUCAGAACAGGGAAGUGUUAGACUGUGUGGGGUGGGGGGAGGGGGAUAAACACUGCAUCUGUCAAUUCUUGUGUCUAGGGAGGGUGUUCCAAGUGAAGCCUUCAUACAGCUUUUCCAUUCUGUGCUGGUCUAUCGUUGUGAACAGCACACUUUGUACCGUCAUAUCUGGAUCGCCGAGUCUGAUGAUCUGACUCCUAAGGAUAGGAUAUCUGGCCUCCUUGGGGCCUGCCUGUUGCUUUGCAUCUACUCCCUGCAGGCCAGAAAGAAUUUGGGUGCCAAGUGUACUCAGGAUGUGGUCCUAGAAUCUGGUUCCCUAACUGCCUCUGGAAAGGCUCCCUAAGUGCUGUUUUGUGGAAAUAAAUACUCCUAUUUUCUUUUGUGGGCACAAUUUCAUCAAGAGAGGGAACAGCUACUAGAACUCAUUUCCUGAAGUUGCUUUUGUGGUUGGCAUGUUUUCUGGGCAGGGUGUAACCUAUAACCUCUUGGAGCGGGUGGGAGGGAGCAGAGGGAGUGACGCCUGCUGGUGUCUGUGCCAGAAGGAGCCCUAGGGACACUCGGUGGCUUGUGCUGUUUCCUGCUUAGAUGGUACUCUUGUCACUUCCCCUGAAAAUUGCUCUCAUUUUGCAAUUUGUUUUCCUAUGAAAAAGCGAAAGAGAAGCUUGGCAGACGAGUCUUUCUAAAUGCAUGUCAAGUCUGGCCCCCCACAGUUCCAGGCCCUUUGUACAUAUUUCUAUUUUAAUUUUUAGACCUUGGCCACAAGACUAACUUGUGUUCACAGGUCUCAAGGGCAGACCCUGUGGGGUGGCAUUAAGGGAGCCACCAAAUGAUGAGUGAGGGACCAUUCCUUGGUGACUGAGGCAGGAAGGAUGAAGUGUUUGGGGAGUCUGCUGCCCCAGGAACAGGUGGAGGCUAGAGCGUCAUCUGAGCCACUGCGGCACUUGGAUAUGUAGCUCAGCUCCGCAUGAGCUUCCAGGCUGGAAGUAGGAAGACACACCAAGUACAAGCUGGAUUUUCAUAUGUAUAUUAAAAAAAUCACAGACUCCAGACACAGAUCUGACCCACCUACAGUUAGGCCUGACCUUGACUGGGCCUCUUGCAAGUCUCUUUCUGUCCAAGAUCUCCAACCAGACCUGCCCGCAAUGUCGGCUGCACCCGGCCUCCUGCACCAGGAGCUGUCCUGCCCGCUGUGCCUGCAGCUGUUCGACGCGCCCGUGACAGCCGAGUGCGGCCACAGCUUCUGCCGCGCCUGCCUGGGCCGCGUGGCAGGGGAGCCGGCCGCGGACGGCACGGUGCUCUGCCCGAGCUGCCAGGCACCCACGCGGCCGCAGGCGCUCAGCAUCAACCUGCAGCUGGCGCGCCUGGUGGAGGGGCUGGCGCAGGUGCCACAGGGCCACUGCGAAGAGCACCUAGACCCGCUGAGCAUCUACUGCGAGCAGGACCGCGUGCUCGUGUGCGGCGUGUGCGCCUCGCUCGGUUCGCAUCGCGGCCACCGCCUGCUGCCCGCCGCCGAAGCCCAUGCGCGCCUCAAGACGCAGCUCCCACAGCAGAAGCUGCAGCUGCAGGAGGCAUGUAUGCGGAAGGAGAAGAGUGUGGCUGUGCUGGAGCAUCAGCUGGUGGAGGUGGAGGAGACAGUGCGUCAGUUCCGGGGGGCCGUGGGAGAGCAGCUGGGCAAGAUGCGGUUGUUCCUGGCUGCACUGGAGGGCUCCUUGGACCGCGAAGCUGAACGUGUACGGGGUGAGGCAGGGGUGGCCUUGCGACGGGAGCUGGGGAGCCUGAACUCUUACCUGGAGCAGCUGCGGCAGAUGGAGAAGGUGCUGGAGGAGGUGGCAGACAAGCCACAGACUGAGUUCCUCAUGAAAUACUGCCUGGUGACCAGCAGGCUGCAGAAGAUCCUGGCAGAGUCACCACCACCUGCCCGUCUGGACAUCCAGCUGCCCGUCAUCUCAGAUGACUUCAAAUUCCAGGUGUGGAGGAAGAUGUUCCGAGCUCUGAUGCCAGCGCUGCAGGAGCUGACCUUUGACCCGAGCACGGCCCACCCAAGCCUGGUGCUGUGUGCCUCGGGCCGCCGUGUGGAGUGCUCGGAGCAGAAGGCGCCGCCGGCCGGAGAGGACCCACGCCAGUUUGACAAGGCCGUGGCGGUAGUGGCGCACCAGCUGCUCUCCGAGGGCGAGCAUUACUGGGAGGUGGAGGUGGGCGACAAGCCGCGCUGGGCGCUGGGCGUGAUCUCGGCCCAGGCUGGUCGCCGCGGCCGGCUGCAAGCGGUGCCCUCGCAGGGGCUCUGGCUGCUCGGGCUGCGCGAAGGCAAGAUCCUGGAGGCUCACGUCGAGGCUAAGGAGCCCCGUGCCCUGCGCACCCCCGAGAGGCGGCCGACGCGCAUCGGGAUCUACCUGAGCUUCUGCGAUGGCGUCCUCUCCUUCUACGAUGCCAGCGACCCCGACGCACUCGAGCUGCUCUUCGCCUUCCACGAGCGCCUGCCCGGGCCUGUGUACCCCUUCUUCGACGUGUGCUGGCACGACAAGGGCAAGAACACUCAGCCGCUGCUGCUCGUGGGGCCCGACGGCGGUGGCGACGCCUGAGCCACCCGCCGGGUUUGGGGAGGGUGCGGGGCCCUGCCGGCCUGGAAGGAGAGACGGGUUGGGUUGCCGGGCUUGAAGGCAGGGCGGAGGGGGUUGGGGACCGGGGACUCCAAGCGUUGUGAGAACUUUGGGGUUGGCAUGAACAGGGGACUGCCAGCCAGGGGUUGGGGUGGUGGUGGGAAAGGGAGAUCUGAAGUCAGGUCAGUGGGGGAACUCCACUUGGGGAACCAGGAAAGCCCAAGGGUUCCGGGAAGAAACAGAUUGGGGAAGGGUCAGGGGGCUUGGGGAGAAUUGCGGGGAGGAGCUGGAGAACUCUGUAGAGCAGCGGUCCGCAACCUUUUUGGCACCAGGGACCGGUUUCGUGGAAGACAAUUU